CCGUGAGCAGUCGCUCGACCAAAUCACCUCUCGCAUUCUUUUAGUUGGGACUGACGGCCCCCCACUCCCCUUUGCUGUGCGAUUGUUUGACAAACACAUCAAUUCGGCGUCCCUUUGUCCACGCUGCAUGCGACCAAGUGCAGCCUCGACAGGCCGCCACCUCAAAGCACACAGGACUUGAGAAUGAGUCUCAUCGACAACAUGACGGUCGAGUCACCCGACGUCGCAGUAGAAAGCAUGUCCGAAGACGACCAACUGAGCAGCGACCUGCCCGACUUCGACGUCGAUGAGCAGAGCACCAUCCUGGAGGAAGACGACUGCGAAACAACCUCCAUGGUCAUCAUGUCUGAUGAUGCUGGUCAAGUCUACGCUCCGCCCGCCCGCAUCGCCGCUCGUUUCUACCGCGAUCCCAAAUCUCGUCAAUACAAGUCUUCGGCCGCUUCGUCUCGUCGCAAUUCGCUUUCUUCGAUCCAAUCGCAUACCUCGACCCGCUCGCUACGUCGCACCUCGUCAUGCCAAAGCAACUACAUUGCACAACACUUGCGCAGGGCAUCCAUCAUCGAAGCCCGCAAAGCACGCCUUGCCGAUCGCGCCGCCCAUGCUGAGAAAGUCCGUCUACGAGCUGCCACGGCCAAGGCUGCUCCGAGAGGCGAUGCCAGUGCUAGUGAAGAACGAGCACUAGCUGCUCAGGUUGCUCGUGAGAAAUACCUCGCAAAAGUGGCAGCUGCAUGUGCCGAGGAGGUCCAAAGGGCGAAACAGAAGGCACAGGAAAUGAAGGCCAAAAAGCUCGAGGAAGAGAAACAGGCUCGAUUGGAUAUGCAAGAGAGAAUGGCAGACGCCGACAGAAGACGAGCCGAAUACAAGCGCAAUCUUAGCUCCCGCAAGACACGCCGUGCGAGUGAGCAGGAGAAGAAACUGGCCGAUGUUUCCGAGGGCGAAGACGACUCGAAUCAGCGACUGGAUGAAGAGACGGCUGCAACAAGGAUACAACGCGCAUGGCGUUUCAGACAGCGAAGGUCGGUUGUAAAGGCAUACGCAGACUUCGACCUCAGUCUAGACAACAUCCGCGAACGCUCUUUCGAGGACGUUGGUGCUUUGCUAUCAGAGACGCCCAUCAUCCAAGCCACCACUGGAGUCCUCCGUCUUCUCACGCUGCAGGACAACGUGGACACACCAUCGGCCCAAGCAACACGCACCUUCCUUAGUGCUUACCUUGUCAUUGUCCACCCUGCUUCAGUCUUCAGCAAAAACGGCGCCCAGGAGCAACAUCUCAUGGCGAAAGCUCGCGAAUUGGUCGAGCUGUUCGAGUCUGCCAUGUCGACACUUGCGCCCUGGAAUCGCCUUACAGCUUCUUCCACUAGGCUCCAGGACUUGUCUCAAGCCUACACGACUUAUGGUUCUGCCUUCGAUGCAUGGAGAGCACAGGACUCAUCUGCUCUAGUCGAGACCAUGGUUGCGUCAUUUGUCGAGCUCGACGCAAUCUGGCAAACCGUCAAGGACGAUACCCAAGGCGCAGUAGCCGAGGACUAUCGCACAGGCAUCCGCGAUAAUCAAGUCAUGCUUCUCAGCAAGAUCCGAAAGUUGGCUGGCCCCGACCGUGCUGACUUACUCAUCAAGAAAGCCAUUCGUGAAAGCAGGAGGAGACGUGUAAAGAGGAGGUCUCCUGCUGAAGUCCGGCCACGCGCUGCUGCCGAAAUCGAAGCUGCCGAGACCGAUACCUCGGUCACUCUGCCCAUCGUUGCUGAAAACACUUCGCAAGAGGCACAUCAAAGCGAGGUCGACUCUCAGGACAACGUCCGCCUGAACCUCGCCCGUUUGUUCUCGCCUAUCCCUACCAAUCGUGUCUUGACACACGAGCUCGCCCUCGACAAGGAUUUCCGCAUUUCCUCAGGAGCUCAUUCAGAUAUACGCGAUGCUAUCAAUCGCGAGUUGUGCGAUGGUAUGCGAGAAGGCGUUGAGCGCGGUAUGGGUACUCCAUGGACCGUAGCGAUGGCCCAAGAGAUCAGAGCCAAGCUUGUACAUAUUGUCAAGCCCGGCAACUCCAUGCACAACUUCAUCGUCGAGGCUCUGGAUACUGAUCUCAUAUAUCGACAGUGCGAGCAAGGGAUCUUCUCGUACGCCAACUUCUUCUCGUUCAUGGCCAACAUCUUGCCCAAACUGUGUGCACCAUUCCGCGAUGCACAGGUGAAGGUUCUGGCUGAGGACCUCGAGUCAAACAACGGCGAAGACAUGGGUGCCAUGAUCGAGAAGCUCUUCCGUCUUUUGCACUUCAUCGACUUGCUUUCCUUAGAUUACUCCAAUUUUCUGCUAAUGAAUGCGGCGCCUGUGCUCAUCCGAGAAUCGGCUGGAUACGAAUCUCGCAUGUUCGCAGCAGACCUUGCGUCGGGCGCCAUUACAUUGACAUGCACAAACCGCUGGUGGCGCAAUGCAAGUGUGAAUCUACUGACUGAGGCCGAUCGUCGAGAUCCUGAGCAGGUUCGGAACCCUGCAGACAGGCCUACAGCACAUCACAUUUACACUCGCGGACUGGUCGACACCAUAUUCGGACAUGGCCCUCUCAACGUCAUAGACGUACCAGAGACGCUUGCUCUGGACGUAGAACGCCUGUGUUCUACCAAACAAAAGGCUUUGCACAUGACCACAAUCGGUGCCAUUCUAUUAGUCGCCAAGAAUAUGCUUAAGCGUGAUGUCCGCAGUCCCUGGAAGGCCGAAGCAUCACGUCUCUGGGACCUCCUUAGCAAGGAACCGCCUUCUGAAACAACCUCCGAAGAGGCUCUUGCAAGUCUCGCAUCCCGUGCUUUUGGCGUGCUCGAGAACGCCCACAACCUACCACCAUCCACCAAAGCUGCACUGCAAUCAGCAACCUCUCGUGUUGUCACUCAAGCCUCUUCUCAGCGCUUCACAGAUCCUGUUGCGAAAGUCUUAUAUUCUAGACUCAGAAGCCAUGUUUUCUCGCGCGUUGUGGCCAAAACCUCGAGUGAGAGAGUCAGAGCAGCAAGUGGUGCUUCAGAGGCACUGGCGACUGCUGGUUUGCCUGAGUUUGUGACGCAAGUCGGUGAGAUGGUGGAGACGCUUAGGAAGGUUGCCGAAGUCGAUUGGGCAUCUCACACCCCUUGGUACGAGCAGGUCGCAAAAGAGAUCAACGAGGCUGGUGACGCUUAAGGUGCAUGGCUUCGCUCCUUGUCCAUACCCCCUUUCUUUUUUUCCCUUUUCGGAUGCCCGAUCUCUUAUGAGAUCUGACCUUCCUUUUUGCCUUUCGUUGUAUGAGUUUGAAGGGGUCACAAUAUACCCUGCAUUCGGGUUUACCGGACAACACAGCAAACACGGCGUUUUGUUUUUUCUGGCUCUUUACGAAGAUUGAUACCACAUUCGCAUUGUUUUCAUACAGUUCUAAUCCA